GAGGGAAAUGGGGAGGGGAAGGGAGGCAGAGAUCCGGUGUGUGUGUGUGUGUGUAUAUAUAUAUAUGGUAGCAGAUAUUUACCAUGGUGUAUUAGAUAUUGUGAAAUUAGAAUUAAUAUUAUUUCGUUGUCAGAUAGUUUUCCCAGUCUAAUUUUAAUGGAAUUUGUAAUGUUCAUACCUUAGAGGUCAAUAUUUAGUUUCAUUAGCAAUUUGUAGAAUUAUUUUACUGUGAAAAGUUGGGUCUAUAAUAUUACGCAGAUACCACUGAAUAUAUAUAUAUAUAUACUAAUUAUUAUUAUUUCGACUUAGCCUGACCAGGGGGAUAGGCAUCAUGCAUCAGCAGACUAGCCCGAUCUACGGUUGCAGACAAGAUCUAGAAACUAGGCCUCAGGAACAUCUGCCCUAGUCCCAAGAGAGUUCUAGCCAGAGAGUAUGUGGCUUGCAUGUCGCAAUGCCUUCGUGUUUAGGGAUUGGUUGCAAAUCACGCACAGAGAUGAUGACCAUAAAAGCGGAAGUAAUGAUAAAAUCAUAACAGAAACAACAACCACACCAACAAUAAGAAUAACAGUGAAACAGUGAAAAUGGUAGUAAUCAAAAUGUCCGGGUCUACGACUCAAGCGGAAACAAAAAUUGUCAAAAAAGUGCCAGUGUGAUAGAUCCUAUUACCUUUAGUUAAAAUGUUAAGUUAUAGAAUAGGAAAUUAAGAAACUAGAACCAGUAAUCUGUAUCUUUGGACAGACAUAAACAGGAAAAUAGCCAACUUUAACAUUCAAGUGAAAUAAAAAAAAAAUAGAUAGUAAGUUGAGCAAGAACAUUUUUGGUCACCAAGGAUUCGAGUUAACACAGUGUGGAGGAUUCGAAACGACUUUUUCAUGUAAGAUACUUUUAGACAGUUCUCAAUGUGCAAGCUUGGAAGGUGAUGAUAAUGAUGAUAACAAAAUAGUAGUAGUAGUAGUUAUAGUAGUAUAUGACAAAACUGAUUUGUACUUUUCGAAGGUACAGUUAUACAGAAAAUCAUCAUUAGAUAAUAAUGUUAAACAUUUUUACACAAACAACUAUGCUCUUUUAAAUAUAGUUGUUCAUCACCAUCACCAUCAGGGGGCUAACGCCAAUGGGGGCGCAUGGCCGCAUCCAUCCUUCGUUUCCAUCAACGGGUCAUGGCGAGUCUCCAGGCAGGCUCUCGGCCCAUCUCUAACUCCUCGCAACAGGACUGGUCAAGCUGCCCAAACCAUGGCCUCCUAGUCCAUUCCACGGGCCUCUUCCACCCAGGAGUGUCUCACAAAGAGAACCUGAUGGGCAGGGUCAUCCACAGGAAAAAGAGCUAGCUACCCCCAAUGUCCUGAAUCUUGGUCUUGGUCCAGGAGACCUCUAGGCCCAAGGGCUUUAAGGUGCAUCAAGAACCACAACCAGUAAUUCCAGAGAUUCAGAGGUUAUUACAGGGCAGUAGGGAGGUGAAGAGGGACGAGCGUGAAUAACUAAGAAGCUAAUGACUGACGAAAGAAAUACAACUGUUGUACACCUUCCCGCAGGAGGGGGGCUGCACUGGAUGCAGCACCACCCCCCUCCCACGGGUGAUCCUUUCAGGAAUUUCCUCACCACCCUUGCGCCUCACCUCACCCGCCUCGCCUCCUCCGUGCCCGUCUAUUUCAAGCUCAUCGAUUAUGUGCCGAGAUCAUAUACCGAGGUUAACAGCUAUCCGGACUUUAACCCAAAAGCCAUUACCCUGUACAAUUCUAUAGCAAGACAACAGUUACAGGGAACCGGCGUGGUCAUCUGGGACAGCACGCUAAAGCUGUCGCUUGCCUAUACUGAAGAGUGCGUUAGAGUCAGGAGGGUCACGCCAGACAACUAUGAGUGGAACUGCGCAGACCACGGACACAUUGGAUACAUCAUGCUGGAACAGUAUACUGACAUGAUAUACAAUGCUUUUUGUAACAGGUUUCUAAACUUAACUGAGGAAUAUUGUAACACUGGAAAUGAUUGAAGAGAGAAACGUCGAUAUCCUGCGCAUUAAUGUGUUGUGUGGUGCAGUGAUAGCGAUCUUGUCUAGCAAUCUCGCUGACCUGCAGUCAAAUCUCUCACCGCCAGUGGAUGGUAACCCCGGCCAUUCCUUGCACACAGCGGGUUAUUUAGAAGCAAAAUGAAACAAAUAGCAUGUUACACCAAGAAUAUCCAUUGAAACAAAUGGAAUAAAACUAAAUUAUUAAUUAUUAGUAUUAUUGUAAUGAAACCUAGCUUCAAGAGAUCCCAAGCAAUUCCAUUAAUAUUCCAAAUUUUCACAUUUAUAGAUAAGCUGCAGGUUUGACAUUCGGGUUCAGCAUGUAAGGGAGAGAUACCCGACUAAUAAAGUCUCUCCUACAGCUGUUCAGGGCAUCUGACCUAGCAGUGUGUAUCCUUUCUCUUGUGGUGUAAACACAUUCCCUACAGAAUCAUACGACUGUCUGGUAUAUGUUUUUGAAAUUGCUGAUAAAAUAAUGCAUUACCUUGCAUAAUUUUAAUAACUCAAAAGCAAAGUUCACUCAGACAAUUAAGCAAAAUGUAAGUUAUGAAUAAAUCUAGGAGCGUUAAAUAAAAUAACACUUUUCCUGCCAACAUAUAACAUACAG